AUGCCCUGCCUUGGUGAGAUUCAGCUGAGCUUCUUCGACCGCAAGGGGCAUCUAGAAGUGGAGGUGAUAAGGGCCCGUGGUCUGCAGCAGAAGAACACUUCAAAGCCCCUUCCUACCCCUUACGUAAAACUGCAUCUUCUGGAUGGAAAGCAAUCCGUGGAGAAGAUGCGAACAUCGGCGCCUGCAAGGAGGACGCUGGACCCUCUCUUCCAACAGCAGUUCUCUUUUUCCACUUCUUAUAAGGACAAAAUACUCCAGGUGGAUUUCUAUUUCUUUUUUGCGUUUGGUGACUUGAAAAUUUGGUAA